AACAAAUCUGCAUGCCUAUUUCAUCUUCUCCCUCCCCAUUUUGACCACUUCAAUCCCCUCUUUUUCGCCAUUUCUAGUCGCUUUGAUCUUCGAUCUUCAAUACCCUUUUCUUAAAAUCUAAUACAAUCAAAGAUAUUCAUGUUUAUGAUUUGAUCCUGUUUUUGAAGCAUACUGAAGAUGAACGAUCUGUUCUCAGGCUCUUUCUCUCGCUCUCGAAGCGAAGAAGCUUCCCUUGAUCACCACGUAAUCGAGAUGACGCACGCCUCCUCCUCCGCCUCCGGCGGCGUUGACCUCCACAAGUUCUUCGAAGAUGUGGAGUCCAUCAAUGACGAGCUCAGAGAACUCGAUAGGCUGAAGGACGACCUCUCGUCGUCUCACGAGCGGAGCAAGACUUUGCACAACGCGAGAGCCGUGAAAGAGUUGAGAGCAAAGAUGGAUGCUGAUGUGGCCAUGGCUUUGGAAAAGGCCAAGGUGAUUAAGGCCGGGUUGGAAGAACUUGACCGCUCCAACGCCGCCAGCCGGAGCUUGCCGGGGUUCGGUCCGGGUUCUUCUUCAGACCGGACGAGGACAUCGGUUGUGAGCGGCCUGAGGAAGAAAUUGAAGGAUUCUAUGGAAAGUUUUAGUGGAUUGAGAGAAAAGAUCUCGUCGGAGUAUAGGGAAACCGUUCAAAGAAGGUAUUUCACGGUCACCGGAGAAAACCCAGACGACAAAACUCUUGAUCUUUUGAUUUCGACAGGAGAGAGUGAGAGUUUCCUACAAAAGGCCAUUGAAGAACAAGGGAGGGGUAGGGUUUUGGACACCAUCAAUGAGAUUCAAGAACGGCACGACGCCGUCAAAGAUUUGGUGAAGAAUCUCCAGGAACUGCACCAGUUGUUCUUGGACAUGGCGGUGCUGGUUCAGGCUCAGGGCGAGCAGUUGGACGAUAUAGAGAGCCAUGUGAACAGGGCCAAUUCAUACGUGAGAGGUGGAACCGAGAAGCUUCAAACCGCUAGGAAUUACCAGAAAAACACCCGCAAAUGGACUUGUUAUGCCAUCAUACUUUUGCUGCUCAUCAUCUUGUUUGUGGUGCUGUUCACUGUAAGACCAUGGGAAGACAACGGCGGCGGCGGCGGCGGUGGAAACAGAAGUCCGACACCAACGACACCUGCUCCACCACCGCCUCCGGCUACAGCUUAAUCGUAUGUUGAGAUGUUAGCUAUGCGAUUAGAGUAAAUUACAAAUUUCAUCACUAAAUUUUACUAUCUCUCAUAUUUUACUCAUUGACCUUUAAAAGUUUUUAAUUUCCUCAUUGAACUUAAUACAUUAUGUUUUUUUAUUAUUCCGCCUUUAAAUAGUUAACAGUGUUAAAAUAAUACGUUUUGAAAAUAAAAUUUUCACCAAAA